CCCCAAGCCUCUUGGAUGGAGGAAAAUUUGGGAUCUGAUCACUGGGAGAAGUAUACUCAGCUUUUGAGGGGCUGGCAGCAGACAUUUAAAAUAGAACUGAGGGCCCUACAGAAUCACUACAAUCAUACUGGAGGAUUUCACAUCUAUCAGAGGAUGAUUGGCUGUGAGUUGCUAGAAGAUGGUAGUACCACAGGAUUUCUCCAGUAUGCUUAUGAUGGAAAGGAUUUCAUCAUUUUCAAUAAGGAAUCUCUGUCUUGGAUUGCCAUGGAUAAUGUGGCUAGACUUACCAAGCAAGCCUGGGAGGCCAAUCGGAAUGAAUUACGCUAUCAGAAGAAUUGGCUGGAAACAGAAUGCAUUGCCUGGUUAAAGAAAUUCCUGAAUUUUGGAAAAGAUACCCUCCAAAGGACUGAAACCCCAUUACUCAGUGGAAGCUGCAAAAAGUCAUCUACUGGGAUUACAACGCUCUUCUGCAAAGCCUAUGGUUUCUAUCCCCCAGAGAUUACCAUGACCUGGAUAAAAAAUGGAGAACCGAUAACCCAAGAAAUUGAACAUGGAGACAUUCUUCCCAGUGGAGAUGGAACCUAUCAGACUUGGAUAUCAAUAGAUAUUGACCCUCAAAGUAAAGAUCAUUAUUCCUGCCAGGUGGAGCAUAAUGACUUCCUCAAGGUCCUCCAUGUCCCUAUUGAGUCGAAGACUAUCUCUAUCUCUCCAUUUGUAGAGAUUGUUUCUGGGUUGAUUAUCAUUGCCUUAUUCCUGGUUGGUUUGGGAAUUUUUGUUUACAAAAGGAAACAAUCAGAUCUCAAAGACGUCGAUUAUGCACCUACACCUGUCCAAUGA